CGUGUCAGGAUCGUGGACGAUGGCUCUCAACAUUGCUGUACCGAUGUCGGGUGUAGGCGAUCUCCUGGAAGGAUUCGGGCUGCUGUCGCCCAUUUCUCCUGUCAGCAUUGACUUCCGCAGCAGCAUAAAGAACCCGCUAUCACCCGUGGGUAGCGAAUCCAGCGGCGUCAGUUCUUUGGAUUUGGAAGACAUUAAGAAACAAAUGCCAACUCUAAUGGACGAAAAUGAAGAAAGCGACGGAUCAUCCGGCUCGGGAAAAUCGCCAUCUAACACAACCGUUGGAUCAACCAUGUCGUCGGCCACAUCUUCCAGAACCUGUUCCACCUCUUCUUCCGCGUCCACGGCUUCCGACGACUACUCCAACCAGAUGGAUGAAAAUGAACAAAAAUCUUCGGAUGGCUCCGGUUCCAACGAUGAGGAUGGUGGCGUGACACCAGCAGCAACAGCAGCAGCAGCACCAUCAUCCUUACCAGACCUUCUUGGACCCAGUGAGGUGGAAGCUGAAAGCGAACCUGCUGUAACUGGAACGGAUGAAGCUUCGCUCGUCUCUGAAGAAUUUAAACGAUCCCUGGGGUUGCUCCUAUCGAACGAACCGAACGAACUGCCAUUGUUUUCACCCAAAGCUUCAAAAGAAUCCAUCUUUAGCGUGCCGCGCACCACCAUCUGUUACAACAAUCGCGACAUUCUCAAUCUGGCAAGCAAUGUACGUCCAUACGGUAGAACUCCCGGUGAGUUUGCCUUCCAGUUUGCUGAACUGCCGGAAACAAACAACAUUCAGUUCUUUCUGCAAAAUCGGUCCCAAUACCACCGGCUCGGACCGAACGGUCACGUGCAGGAGUUUCGCAUGGCCACCUGCGCAUGCUGUGAUUUCCAGUAUCCGGUGAAUACGGUGGGCGCAAACUCGAAUGCUGCUACUGCUGCACCUUCUGCCGCUAACCAGAGCUUCGGUACCUCGAACUUGGCCAAUCUGAGCGCAAACCAAAUCUACGGCAACCUCCAGCAGCAACAGCAGCAGCAACAACAUCAGCAACAGAUGCGACUGCAGCAACAGCAGCUGCAAAUGCAAUACGCCAAUCGUUACAACAACAAUGCCAAUAAUGGAAACUCGAUGGGUCGUGACUACAGUAUGUACCACCAACAGGUAGCCAGCGGAAUGGGUGGUGGUGGUAGUGCUGCGGGAGGAAAUCUACAAUCUUCGCGAUUUAACAGUGGUGUAUACGGCACGGCCAAUGGUCUUCCCGGUGGUGGAUCAUUGCCAAAUGCACAUAACAGCAUGCUUGGCGGUUCCUCCGCGGCGAAUGGUGGCUUCUUUAGCAACAAUCUGCUGCAGGGCCGUGAUCAAUACAAUCCAAUGGCGUCGGGGAUGGGAAUGCAGUACAAUACUAAUGCUGGCGCUACCUCCAAAGGAAUCUCCCAAUCGAAUGGUGCACUAUCGCAACCAGCAGGACAGCUUCGCCAACAGCAGCAAUAUGACAUGUUCCAGCAGCAAAAACAAUUCCUGAACAACUAUGCCGGAUUGGGCUCUGCUGCUGGCGGUAAUGGUGUAAACGUGACGGCCUCCUCCACCGCUGCCGCUGUCCGUCUGCAGCAACAGUCACAGCAAGCUUCCCAUUACUAUAAGAAACCGCAGGCCAUGCGUUACGGAGGAGGAGCGGGAGCGAACAACACCAUGCCGCCGACGUCCGGUGGACCUUCCGCUGGUUCCAACUGGAAGUCUCCGAUGGCUAAUAACAACACGAUUCAGGAUCCCGCCGCCAAGCUGUUUAUGGAACUCAACAAAAUGCAGCAGCAGCAGCAGCAACAAUCACAAUACUACGUACCUUUCCAGUAAAGCAUAUUUAAAAUGCACGCAGCAGGCGCAAACCAACAAAAGACAGCGAAAUGAUAUACAACACGUGUAAAAAAAAAAAUCAAACGAGCCUCAGCAAAUGUGGACCAACAACAACGACAAAUGAAAAUCAGCAAACGGAAGAAGAGCAAACAAAGAAACACAGAAUAUCAUAGAACGGUAGCAGCAGCAAACCAGCAACAUCAUCAUCAUCUCGCCAUCGUUACCAAAGUUGCCAAAGCAAACACAAAAAACGCGAUUUUUUACUAAAACUUUCAUUAUCUAGUUUGUAGUUGUGAUGUUGUUAUAUGGCCAACAGUAUCAUGUUUUACACACACACACACAGCCGAAAGGAUUAAUUUAAAUAAUGCUGCUCAAACUGCCAUCCUGCACGUGCUAUGAGAACGCGCACGGUGGUAAUUAAAUCAGUGCUCGAAGCCUUCCUGAACCUACCCCGUUUUCCCACGGACACACUAAAGAAAUUAUUAUUAAAAACGAAGGAAUAACGUAUACUGUGCUGCUGCGUCGUCCCCUAAAAGAUUGGACAACAUUUGUCACGUUAUUCUAAAACACAAAGCAAAGGAAGCUACUAUCCACCCGGCAGCGCUGCAACGUUAAACAAAUCGAAUACGAGAAUCGAGCAUACAUUUCGAUCGGAUCGGCAACGGGGAAAACAAACACGCCAACAUUUUAUUUAAAUUCAUCACCGCUGCAGGUAGCUGAAACAGAUUGAGGAGCAUAGCUUACAAGAGGAAAGCAGAACGGUCGAGACGAAAGCAACAUCCUUGCGAAACCAGUGUUUUAAUUAUGCGUUCUACAAGAAAAUCCCACCAGUAACGUAACAUCAAUCUGUGUGUGUAUGUGUAUGACCGUCGUAUUUUGAAGAAAACCAAACACGAUAAUGGAUGUGAUAGUGCAGAGCAAAAGUCCACGGGGAAAGAAACAAUCAAGCCUCUAUACCAGUCAGUCAUCAUCAUAGUAGGCGAUCUAACCAGCUUCAGUGACGCGCGUGAUCACGGGCAGGAAGUAAACGCAAGGCAUCACAUCAUCGGGGCGGAGAUUCCCGCCACAUUCUCAUCGUGCUUUCAUGCGGAUCCGAUUCCGUUGUAAUGUUAUCCUGUCUCAUCUAUCUUUGUGUGCGUGUGAGGUAAUUACUUCACCAACGUCAUGCGAAACAGAUCGCGCCUCCUCGCCUUCGCUGUCAACAUGGUAUCCGGCUACAUAUAUGCGCCUUCAACAGUAAAAACUGCAGCUGCUUUUGAGCAGCGUCCCAUGGAUGGACAACCGCUUAGAUGACUAAGGAAGCGAAAACUAAGAGGGAACGAGUAGUCCCCAAAGCAAUAGCAAGUCACGAUUUAGGAAAGAAAAGUAUUCCCUUGCUUCUCCCGAAACCUGAGUUUGGAUGGAGCGAAACACAAUAACAAGUCCAACAAAAGCAAAAGUGGGAGUGUGUACGUUUGAUAGAAAUGCAACCAAAUCUUCCCCCGUGCGAGAAGCAAAGAGGAAGGAAACACACAGAACGAAGAUCAAAUCGAUGUUAUAGAUUAGAGAUACUACUACACGACAAAAGAAAUCACAGAGUGAUUCCCGAUUAAAAGUAUUGGCGCGAUAUUAUUACACCAUAUGAUAGUGGUGUGUGUGUGUGUGCGUAGUGUGGUGAGCAAAUGAAAGGAAACAACAUACAAGACAAAAUUGAAUGCUUUAAGAGGUAGUAAUCAAGCGGUCCCCCCGAUUUGUAAGAAACGAAUUAACGAACUCAUCGUAAAGAAUCGUAGAAGAGGAAGAUAAGAGGUACGUUUAAAUUUUUCCAUUACAAUCAGCACACCAACACACACACACACACACGCACAUACGAUAUAGAGUGGGGGAAAGGACGUUGAUGUGGACAAAACUGAUAAUCGAUUAGGGAAGAUUGUGGAAACAAAAAAAAAAAAACAAUAUCGAAAACACACCUUAAGCGAGACAGAAUGCAGGAAACAAAUACUUUUAUUAAUGGCUUUAGUGAUGCUGAAUACAACAAACAAAAGGGAUAUGAACUAACGUUAUUAUGAGUAUAAGAUACAUAUUACCUAUAUAUUUACCUAGUUGUAGUUCUAUUUCGAUUAUCAGUAGUACUGAAUUCGGGUGGGUGGGUGUAGCUUUAUUGACCGCGUGGGCCAUAACCUGGCCACCAUCACCACCACCACCACCACACAUACCAUUGUUGUAAGGGUGGCUUUUCUAACUCUUUUAAGAGUGUGUUUGUCGGACCGGACCGGAAUGUAGAGCGGAUGUGGACGGGAAAAAGGAUAGCAACCUUAAGAAGCGUCGUUCAAAGUUUACAAAACCACCUCCAAUAUUGUGUACUGCGCAUGGAGGAGACACGAUCAAUGUUACAAGUAGAUUUUUUCAACAUUAAAAUGUAAGCUAGCGUGAACCCCUGACUGCUUGCAGGAUCGAUUGCCGGAAAAUGGUAGCGCGGUAGCUACUACUACUACUACUGUCCAACAUUCUUAUUUAUAUUUAUAUGUUUGUAAUUUUUGAGCUCUAGAAAAUUGUUUUGUUUUGAGCAGCAAAUUUUUCCAUAACUAACAACACACAGCAUAGACAGCAUAGCACGCGUUGGCUUAUAAUUUAUUGUAAAAAAUUGCUCUACUGUACGAAAAAAAAACUGCUGUCUAAAUCACACAAAACUGAGCCACGCAUCUACUACUACUACUACUACUACAAACAAUCGUGAUAAUUUUGACCCCAAAACAACGUAUAACUAUAGAAAUAUCAUUACGCAAGAGAGUUUUUAAACACGAGCGAGGUUUUGACGAGCUAGUAAUUUAAAAUGUAACGCCAGAUGAUAGUUGGGUUGUAGAAUUUAAUUCAAUGUAGCUGUAAUAUCGACACACACACACAUGAAAGCAGAUAGUCUGAACUGUAGUUGUCUACGUUUUUUUUUAAAUAUAGUUGAAAUAGUUUUACUACGUCCAGAGUAUAUGUGCUGGACCGAAGUGUCAUCGAAGGCCAGGCGCGCGGAUAGUAAUGGACGGGGGAAUACAGAAUUUUAUGGAAACAAAUGGCGAUAAACAAACAAAACAUCCUGCAGUAAAAUAAACAGACAGGAAGUGACUGUACAAAUUAAUACAGACAAACACACACAUACACAAUAUCAAAGGCCGGCGGCACUACUACUGAUCUUAUUAUGCUGAGUUCGGCUUGCAUAAGUAAAAAUGUGAUUUAGAUCGAUCGGUUCAAAGAGAGAGACUGUUAACAGGCAUGAUCAGCGGGUUUGUGGAGGGGGGGGGGGGGGGGGGGGAAUCGUUACCGUUAUCAAUCAGCUUUUGCUCACCAUUAUUAUGUUUAUAGCUCGUUCUGUUUAUUUUAUAUAUCUCUGUUUUAGUGAUGCGCACGCCGUUUUUACUUACCGUAUAUAUUGCCCUUUUAUUAUUUGCUUCCGACGAAAGCAGAACUGAGUAGUAGGAACUUGACGAAUGUUAGAAAUACACCUCCGGUUGCGUUCAUCCGUUUUAGGUUUACGUUUGUUUGUUUUUUUUUUUUUUAUACCACUUCGAUAUUCAUGCUACUUUCGAGACGGAAGCGAAAGGAGGCGCCCUAUAUUCCGUUUGCUUGGAGGUAGAGAGGUAUAAAGCGAGGCAAACAACAACAGUGAGAGAAGCGCGCGCACGCACCACCAUGUGCUUUAACUAGUUAAUUAUAGUUUGUAUCAUCUUUUCCAACCCUCGAAGCUGUGUUGCAGCUGUUGGCUGGUUUAUAACACGUUGGAUUUCAUCGAUUGAUAUUUUGGUUAUCAUAUGUUAGCACAUAUAAUAGUUCGCCUAACACAGAGAAUAACUGACAUAUCCUUCCAAAACUCGCAGUUUUCAUGCGAGCUGCUGGCAUGCUUAACCCCCCAAGGAAAUAAGCAUAUGCCACCGGGCCAAGAGUGACGCAAGAAUGAAAGGGGAGAGCAAAACCGUACUACAUCCUCAGGUAGAAUAUUGUUGUAGUAGUUGCACGACACGAGCGCAUAUAUGUGCAUGCCUUACACCUGCAUGAUGCGCACACGGCUAGGAUCAGAGAAGAGUGUUAAGCCAGACAUUCGCUAGUGCCACAGAAAAAAACCCCCAGAACUGAUGCUGAACAAUGCAAAUGUAAACUGUAAAAGGAUGUGAUAAUAGUACGCUAGUAGAGGUAGUAAUGUCCAUGUGUGUCUGUUUUUUCGGGUAGAGACUUAUUUUUGGUUUUGUUACUUUUUUUCUUAUUUUAAUACGAAACACAACACCUUCCUUGUUACGACGCGAUGCAGCGGAAAAAGUUUUACUUUUUAACAACUCGUUACCUAAAUUUAUUUAACUCGUUCUCCAUUACGCCGUAGAUCUCUCUAUUCUCGCAAACAAGAGCACACCGACUCGAUAACGAAUAAUGCUAGCGUGUAUAGGCAGGUAAAUAACAGGGCAAGCUAACAGGGCUAUAAUAAAGCAGCAGCAGCAGUUGCCCCAUCAUCGGACCGAACUCAUGUCGAUCAUUUCUUUGCUGCUCAGAGAACAGUUGAAAUAGUGUUUCGACGACAGACUGAACCAAUUUGGCGCCCCAACAAAAUAAAAGAUAAGAAUUUGGUAACACCGGCGGUACUUAAGCCAUGCUCGCUUUUUUUUUUUAACCGUCUCAUACCGUGCUUGACUGAGAAGAGAGACCGUCUUAAUAAUCUUAAUAAAACUAGUUACGAAUCAAAGUACAGCGAAAGGAAGCAAUUAAUCUGGUUGCAAAAAGGAAAGCGGUUAUCACACCACAACAGCCCUCAUUGUGUUUAUAGCGAAUGGCAAUAUAACGCAAUGAAAUACCAAAUUGUGAGCUUACCUUACUUUAAGCGUGCGGUGGUUUCUGUAGAAGAAGCAAAUUUCGUUGGGUGUUAAUGUGUGAACGAGCAUUUCGAACGGGGUCGAGACAACAAUACUGAGUAUAGGUAGGACAGGAUUAGCUAGCUGUAGAAGAAACUAUUGUGCGCACGUGUAACAGCAGGUGUAAGGCAUGCAUCUAUCAUGGACACGUACGUGCCAACGGAACAAAAAAGCAACGUAAGAUGAAAAACAAACACAGCCGAGAGAAACACCAUGUGCGUGUAAAACUAGACAAGACAGUUCGAAGAUCUCAUAUUGGCGGGAUGCAUCCAGAAAGUGCAUCGAAAUAUAACGCUAUUUAAAAACACGCAUACAAAACCCCCCGUUUAACUUAAUCAAUCGCGCGCGAACUUAGUGGCGCAAAGUGGUUUCUUCUAGGUAAAAGAAAAAGUAACUUGCAAAGACACGGAAGGAUAAGGAUAGCAGCAAUCUGUCAGUAUAGUUAGUGGUCCCUUUUUGUUACAAAAGACAUUCAGUUUUUGUUUUUGUUUUAAAAGAAACCUCUCUCAGUCGCCGCAAAAUCGCAUUGCCAAUGGGUGGAGCAGCAAGCAAGCAAAUGCAGAAGCGAUAAUCAUGUGCUUAAUUAUUAACACAGUAAACACCACAAUAAAAAGCAAUUAAUAAAGACCAAACAUCAAACCGUGUGACGCGCGUGACGAAUGAAAGCUCCUUCCUGGGGGGGGAGGGAGGCAAAAGCAUUCAAUGAUGAUGAUACGAAUCGACGUACGGACAGUGUCGGACAAAACGAUAAGAGCAUUCUAGGUUUGUUUCUAUACAAAAAGUGAUUUUUUUUGCCAGUAAGCUUUAGUUCAACAUUGUGUUGGGCAACAUUCCCUUGUGCAACUUUUCCCAUCAUCCCCUUUUGGUUGGGAACACUUUCCUUACCCUUUUGGAGCUUUGAAUCAACUAGCACACUACCCAUUAUUUGCUGUUGUUGCACAAUUUGUCGUUCGAUUUGGUUUGUGUUUGGGGGUCAAUUUUUUUUUUGACAAUCGGCCAUGGAUUCUCAGCCGGGUUAAGGUCGGAAGAUUGAGCCUUGUUCUUGUUGUUUCUUGUGUACUUUUGUAUGUCUCUUGUGUGCGUCAAGCGUAUUUAUUAUGAUGAUCUCUGGCCGAUUUUUAAUUUUUCCUGUCAAUAAAAAAAUUGUCUUCGGUUCAUCGAAUCGCAGAAUGUUCUAACAAUUGGGACCGUUUUAUCCAAAAUGAUCCCUCAAAGCCCGUGAAACGAUAUCUCGACCUUAAUGCUUAAUUUCGGUAAUUAUUUUUAAUUUACAAUUUUUAAUUUAAAAUCAGCUGAAUGGCCUUACUGUUAUGUUCGACACUGUAUCCGCAUACCCAAUGGUUGUACACAGAUACCACUCACUACACUCUUUCAUUAAGAUCGAAUGUUUACUAACCACUCGCUAUUGCUAACAAAUCUCUGAAAGUGCUUAGAGACCGAAGGCAAUACAGUGUACACCUUUGCGGAAGACAAAGGAACGAAUGAAGUUAAUUUAAUUCGUUUUUUGUUUUGUUUUUGUAGCCAAAAUGCGAGCAUCGGGAUUUGAACCGAUCCGAACACUAUUAGCUUAUGACAUAAUAACUUACACAGAUAUACAUUCGUGGUUGUGGUUCUCGCUGGAUCGUGUUCUGUCCAAGCUCAUCCCCCGAGCCAUGAUCAUUCGUUUGCUGUUCUCCCUCUAAUUUACGGGUGUAUGUUAACGGCCAAGACAAAACUUAUGAACGAACACAAAAAAAAAA